AUGUGAACAGAAGUGUCCAUAACAGCAUCCGAUGUAGUGUAACGGCCAUCGUAGAGGAAUUGAGUAUUCGAGCGAAGGAUGCAGUCGCAGGAAGGUGUGACGCAAUAUCAAUCUUCUUGUCAGAAUGCAUGUGCACGACAUCCCCGGCACAGUACGCCACAACCUGGGAUCCUGCAUUAAAGGCCUUUCUUUCGGCCUCUUUGCGCUUGACUCAUUGCGCCUUCUCAUGCGGAGAAAGGCCCGACUGGCAGCGAUCCUCGACACAGGCCUUGAGGCCGGGAGGCAGCCGCAGCCGCAACAGCCGCGCGCGGGCGGCGAGUUCCAGCAGCUGCACGUGUCUAGUCCACGAGGAUGGUUAGGUCCGCGAACAACUCAAAGUCAAGUGCAAUGUCGCAACUUGUUGCCCCGGUGGUGGGAGAUCAAUAUCGGGCCUGUCAAUAGCAGCAAGGGCCCUUGCGCGUCGGUUCUCCGUUUUGCCUGUUCCCGGCUAUCGGAGAAACGCCCGGUCAACAUUGUUCUGAGGACCGAAGAUGCCGAUAUGAGUUUCACUUUCAUCAACAAGAGCUCAUGCGGUCGCCUGCCGGCUGUGUGGCGUGCUCGAUCCUGCGAUCAGCCUGUUCGGCGUAUGAGAGUUUGCUUGUCUUGCGCGAGAGUCUGGGCUUCAUAGAAGAAAGCUUCCUCUUUAUUGGUGAGUUGCC